AUGAAGACAGUGUGCUACACAGCAGCCCUCACCUUGCUCGUCUUUGCAGUCGCGAGCGUCCCGGCGGCGCGAGCCGGUCCCAUCAUCCCCUGGGACAGAAUGACGGAAUGCUCCCUCGCGCUGAACGGCGUGGCGCAACGCCUCGCGCGGGACGUGCUGGGCGCCUCGAGGCAGCUGCCGCCGAAGACGUCCGCGAGCGCGGUGCUCAUUGAGCCCUGCGAGCUGUGCAGCCCCGCGAACCUGACUGCGGACUCCAGGCCCUGCCUGCAGAAGAUUGCUGUUGCCCUGCACAACUACACCAGGAUGUUUGGAAAGGAAGGCUUGUUUGAGGGAUCUACCUGGGAGGAUUUGGCACAUGAGGCAGCGAAAAUGGCUUCUGAGCUCAGGGAGCUGCUGCACUCCAGAGUCCUGCAUACUGGUAGCCUGGACUCACAGGAGUCACAGAGCUCAGCCCACGUGGAGCCCCUGGUGAAUGAGAGUGACAGAUGGAUGCUGGAUGAUCUGCGCCGCCACAGUGCUGAGAGGCUACUCUCAUUCUCUAUCCUGGCAGCCCGUGUCUUUGCAGCUGGUGAUCCCGCAACACAUGGUACAGCCGCUGUGGCAACCUGCAUGUAUGCCUGA